CGUUCAAAAGGCCACUAUUGACAUUGCCUUCUGAAAGGGUGCUUCAGUCGCCUCAGCCUGCCCAUUCCAGCCCAUUCCGUUUCUACAGCUAUCGGGACGGCACUGUGCUUAGUUUGUGGCAGCAAUAAUACGUUCAUUCGCAGAGCUGUUGUGUAAUUUCUGCGUUCUUACUUUUGAUUGGCUGAAAUGUAGCUUCAAUUCGGUGGCACGAUCUAGAGAGACUCCUCGUCACACUGAUUUCAUUCAUAAAGUAGCUGUUAUUAUUAACCAGCAAAAUUUAGGACACGAAAACUCGACAGGACUAUUGUUCUAUUGUGUGGCUUUUCUUCUUCUCCGGAAGCUUAAAGAUUUGAGCACACACACAGCAUAUAUAUCUUGAAAAAGCUUCUUCCAGUGCUAACUCGCCAUAAUAAUAAUUCAUCGAAUUGGCUCGGGAAGACAAGAAGACACAUUUUUACACAAUAGACUCAGACAUGAAGAGGGAGCAGCAGGUCGCGAGCGGUGCGCGUCACCCUUACUGGCCGCGCGACCUCUCCAUCCCCAGCUACGUUGAGAAUGACCGCUCCAUGGCGGAGAUCCUGACCUUCUUGUUCUCGGUGUCCGGACUGAUGCUUCUCGCCGCCUGGUUCUUCACCGGGAGAGCGGUGCCCGGUCCCCGGGGGGGGAGAAAGCUGUCGGGCGCGCGCCGCCUCGCGCUCUGCUGGUUCUCGGUGUGCGGCUUCAUCCACCUGGUCGUCGAGGGCUGGUUCAUCUUCUACCAUGGCACGAUCCCCUCGGACCAGAGCUUGCUUUCUCAGCUCUGGAAAGAGUAUUCGAAAGGAGACAGCAGAUAUGUCAUCUCGGACAACUUCACGGUGUGCGUGGAGACGAUAACGGUGCUCUGCUGGGGCCCCCUCAGCAUCUGGGCCGUGCUGGCCUUCCUCUACAACAGGCCGAACCGCUUCUUGCUGCAGCUCGUCAUCUCGCUGGGUCAGCUGUACGGUGCAGUUCUCUAUUUCUUCACAGAGCACAGAGAUGGAUACAUCCACAGCCAGCCAGGACACCCCAUUUACUUCUGGUUCUACUUCUUCUUCUUGAAUCUCCUCUGGGUCAUCAUUCCUGCAUUUCUCAUUCUGGAUGCCUGGGGGCAACUUUCUGCUGCUCAAGUGCUCUAUGACAGCAGGCUGGUGGAAAAGGACAGAAGCAAGAGACAGUAGCUGAGAGGACAGGAGCGAAGGGACGCUGGUAGCUGUUGACAGCAGGAAACAAAGUGAAGAGCUGUAACCUUGCAAAAGAUGAUUCCUGCUUAUCAUUCAUAGCAUUUUCCUUCACUUCUUCAUUGGUUAGUGGAACAAAUAUGAUAAUAAAGUUUCUCUCUAAGAACAUUUCA